GGGCGGGGGUGGCGAUGACUUUCCGGCACUGGCCUGCAGCUUGGAGGAGAAGCUGAGCCUGUGUUUCCGCCCCUCGGGUCCGAGCACCGAGCCCCCGAGGGCGGCCGUGCAGCCCAUCACCGAGCGCAGCCUCCUGCAGGGGGACGAGAUUUGGAAUGCCCUGACAGACAAUUAUGGAAACGUAAUGCCUGUGGACUGGAAGUCGUCCCAUACGAGGACCUUGCAUUUGCUUACCCUGAACCUGUCGGAAAAAGGGGUAAGUGACAGCUUGCUCUUUGAUACCUCAGAUGACGAGGAGCUGAGAGAACAGCUGGAUAUGCAUUCCAUCAUAGUCUCCUGCGUUAACGAGGAACCCCUCUUCACUGCAGAUCAGGUUAUUGAAGAAAUUGAGGAAAUGAUGCAGGAAUCACCGGACCCAGAGGAUGAUGAAACCCCCACACAGUCAGACCGACUUUCAAUGCUUUCCCAGGAAAUUCAGACUCUGAAGAGGUCCAGUACAAGCAGUUAUGAAGAGAGAGUAAAAAGGCUGUCAGUGUCUGAACUCAAUGAACUACUGGAAGAGAUCGAGACCGCCAUUAAGGAGUACUCGGAGGAGCUGGUGCAGCAGUUGGCACUCCGGGAUGAACUGGAGUUUGAGAAGGAAGUGAAAAACAGCUUUAUUUCUGUUCUUAUUGAAGUGCAAAACAAACAGAAAGAGCACAAAGAAACAACCAAAAAGAAAAAGAAACUCAAAAAUGGCAGCUCGCAGAAUGGGAAGAACGAGAGAAGCCACAUGCCUGGCACACGCUUCAGCAUGGAAGGGAUCUCAAAUGUCAUUCAGAAUGGCCUCCGCCACACCUUUGGAAAUUCAGGUGGAGAGAAACAGUAUUUGACAACAGUCAUUCCUUAUGAGAAGAAAAAUGGACCUCCCUCUGUGGAAGACCUCCAGAUACUGACAAAAAUUCUUCGUGCCAUGAAGGAGGACAGUGAGAAGGUCCCCAGCUUGUUAACUGAUUAUAUACUGAAAGUUCUGUGUCCUACAUAGAGCAGCGUUACUCUGGGAGGACCCACCUCUCCUGUGGACUGUGCGCCCGGUUUCCUGUAGCAUUAUUCUGAAAGCUGGCGGCCACUACCUUCUGCUGUUCGAAACUCAGCCCACAUGAACUUGGGUUUGUGACUCAGUAUUAAUAGAUCAUGACUUCACUAAUUCUUCCCGUUAUAGAAUGAAGAGGUACUCUCCUGCCUUCUGGAGGUGGUUUUUGUGAAAGCUGAAAUUAGGAACUGUUCUCUAACUUAGUACAGUGAGGGAGAGUAAUGAUCGUGCACAGUUAUGUUUUUCACGAGCUGACAGUAUGCCCAUUUGUGUGUUUAUGGCUUUCUACAUCUGCACUGAAGAAGUAGAUGAAAGCAUUGGGACCGUUAUCCUGUAGCUGUUCUUCAGUGAUAGCAAGAACCGGCACUGACCUUUUUCAGAAUAAGUAUCAGUGUAUUACCUACCAGUAUUGUGCAGACACUGCAACUUAACAAACGUGGGCUGUUCUUGAAGACUCAAAACCGGAAUCUGCAUUACUAUGGCCUAAUGCUAAGUGAACAUCGAAACUGUUGGAGAUGGCUGAUGGUAGUUUGCUGCUUUCAUCAUGUUCAGAUUUUAACCAGGAAGUUGCCAUUCACUUUCCGAACUUUGUACUGUUUAGGGGUCUCCGUGUUUUGUUUCGUGUGUCUGUGGAAAAGUGUACUUUCAAAGCGUUUGUGUCCUGGAAGGUGCUGAAGAAAAUGUAUACCACAGCACUGCCCACUCCCCACGCCUGUGUCGUGUCCUGUUCAUGCCUGUUUUCCUCAAGUGCUAAUCCUAGAAGCAGCUACUCAGAUACACCGCUACUCACGAGCACUUCGACUGAUUGCAAGUCAGUGGCAUUUAAUAAAUGUUUA